AUGCGGCUGCGGCCGGGCCUGCAGCGGGCGCGGGGGCGCCGGGCGGCCGCCAUGGGGAACUGCUGCUGGGCGCGGUGCUUCGGGCGGCUCCGCCGGGAGGCGGGGCGGCUGCCGCGGGGCGGAGGAUCCAAAUAUUUUAGAACAUGCUCAAGAGGUGAGCAUUUAACAAUAGAGUUUGAGAAUCUAGUAGAAAGUGAUGAAGGGGAAAGCCCAGGAAGCAGGCACAGGCCUCUGACUGAGGAAGAAAUCAUUGACCUGAGAGAGAGGCAUUAUGAUUCUAUUGCUGAGAAACAGAAAGAUCUUGAUAGGAAAAUUCAAAAGGAGUUAGCCUUACAAGAAGAGAAGCUAAGACUAGAAGAGGAGGCUGUGUACGCUGCCCAGCGAGAAGCAGCCAGGGCAGCAAAGCAGCGAAAGCUCUUGGAGGAGAGGCUGGGCGCUGGUCCUGGAUGCCGCCCCUCCAGCGGAGCCGCGUGCCACAGCUCAGAACCAGAAGACAACUUUGAAUCUUGUUGGCGAAAUACAAAGUCACAGUAUGAAGUUUUUCAAAGUAGCAGACUCUCAUCAGAUGCCACCGUUUUGACACCAAAUACAGAAAGCAGUUGUGACUUAAUGACCAAAACCAAAUCGACGAGUGGAAAUGAUGACAGCACGUCCUUGGAUCUGGAGUGGGAAGAUGAGGAAGGCAUGACUCGGACGCUCCCGGUGCGAGAGCGCUCUCGGACGGAGGAGGACAUCCUGCGGGCGGCGCUCAGAGGUGGCCGGAGGCCCGGAAGCCACACUGCGUCCGCCUCCGAUGACUCCAACGGGCUGGAGUGGGAGAGCGACUUCGUGAGCGCCGACGUGGAUGACAACGGCAACUCCGAGUUCUCCGGCUUCGUGAACCCCGUGCUGGACCUGUCGGAGCCUGGUGGGAAGCCGUGA